GAUGUCAGUACGGCCGGUCGGCCGCCGUCCCCGGAAACGCUUCUUUUUCACGCAGCCGCAGGCCGCAGCUAUCCGGCCUCUCUAGGCCGGCAGGUCCUCCGCUCCAUGGUUCUGCCUGUCAGCGCAGUUUCGGGUAUCCACGGCUGAGGCCCGGCCGCGCUCGGACGCUUGGCUCCUCGAGCCGGUCGCGGGUAGCCCGGCGUUCGCGGGCGGAUGGCGUGGCAGCGCUGACAGACGCGGGCGGCUGCCGAGCCCCGCGGGCCGGCAUGGCGGGCCAGUUUCGCAGCUACGUGUGGGAUCCAUUGCUGAUCCUGUCGCAGAUCGUGCUCAUGCAGACGGUGUACUACGGCUCGCUGGGCCUGUGGCUGGCGCUGGUGGACGCGCUGGUGCGCAGCAGCCCUUCCCUGGACCAGAUGUUCGACGCGGAGAUCCUGGGCUUUUCCACCCCUCCAGGCCGGCUCUCCAUGAUGUCCUUCGUCCUCAACGCCCUCACCUGUGCCCUGGGCUUGCUGUACUUCAUCCGGCGAGGGAAGCAGUGUCUGGAUUUCACUGUCACUGUCCACUUCUUUCACCUCCUGGGGUGUUGGCUCUACAGCUCCCGUUUCCCCUCGGCGCUGACCUGGUGGCUGGUCCAAGCUGUGUGCAUUGCACUCAUGGCCGUCAUCGGGGAAUACCUGUGUAUGCGGACGGAGCUCAAGGAGAUCCCCCUCAGCACAGCCCCUAAAUCCAAUGUCUAGAGUUGGGCCCUUCGGACACACUGCUGGCAUUUGGCCCCCCUGUCACCUUGGGCUGCUAAGACCUCCACAUGGGUCCAGCCUGAGUCAGAGCAACCCUGGAAAUGUGAAGUCUGUUGGUAGAAAGAUAAGGAGGUCUUGUCACAGAGGCAGGUAGCAGUCAUGAUCACAGCUGCAAGAAUGGCCUCUGCCUGCUGGAGCCUUGAUAUCUGGAGGCCAGGAAGG